AUGGAAGCAAAUGAUUUUAAUUCUUUCGAUACCUCUGAGAGUUCGUCAGGCGUUAGGCGUUCGAGUGUGCUACCUGUGGCCGCGGGUGAAGACAGUGAGGUAGUUCCGUGUGCUUCUUCGUCGACGCCACCAACGGUAGAAGCGGUGGCCGAAAACGAGUGGAGCGUGUCACGGAAGCGGAAACGCCCGUCGCAGUCACUCAGCUUCGUGUCGCGGACGACCUCCGGGAGCGACUCCUCGGUGCCGUCUCUGGUGCUGGCCAAGAUUUUCCAACCGUGGGUCAUACGGACGUACGGGGACCGGGCGAAAACGAAGACGAUCACGCUGAAGAAGCAGGCACGGAUCAUCCGGACGCUCCGCGGCCAGGAGAUGAACAACCCGGACAGCUCCAAGUUUCGGUUUUGGGUUAAAACGAAAGGAUUCACCAUGUCGAGGCCGGGCAACUUCCGGGACGUGUUUACCUAUCAGAAUAUCCCGGAAAAUGAUGGCUGCAUCCUGUACGCCCCGAGUGGUGGCAUGGAACCGGGUCAGCCGUUCAAGAAGGUGGCGGUGGUGGAAAACUUCUUCGACAUCAUCUACGGUAUCCACGUGUCGCUGGGGAGCCGGGCCACCAGACACGCGGGACAAAAGCGCACCUACCGAACGAUCACCGAAACUUACGCCUUUCUGCCGCGCGAGGCAGUGACCAAGUUUCUGUCGCUCUGCAGCCAGUGCUCGAAGCUGAUCACGAAAGUGUCAUCCCCGCGAAAAGAGACCAAACCAGUGGCCGAUGACCAGAGUUCUAGUGCGAAGUGUGAGAAAACGGCCAACGUGCUGCCAGAGCUGGCCUCCGACGGGGGCCAGAGACCAGCCUCUCCGCCGUUACCGUACUACGAGUUGCUGCAGAAUUUGUAUGAAAGUGCUCAGCCGAAUGGUGCCAAACGGGACCUCCAGGUCCAAUCGGAACGUGGCAGAAAGGCCAAGAGCACGAGCCCGGUCACGGUGAGCAGUGAGCUAGUGACAGAAGCGGACGGUGCCGUGGUGAAUCCUGUGCCUAAACCGGAAGCACGCCGGUCUGUGAGUGAAGUGCAUCGGCAGGACGAAAGCGGACGAAUCUCCGAGGGCAAGCCGCUGGUUGGGUUGAACAAUAAUUUUACGAAACGAAAAGCAGCCGCAAUGUUGCACAACAACAACAACAACAAGGAUUCCUCCUUAUCUAUGCCGUUUAGUGGCGAGACAACGGAAAACAAUGGCAGCACCACCAACAGCACGCCGGGUGAGGAUGCGUACGCUGGUCUAAUCAAGGAUGCGGACAAGUUCAAGCUGAUGCUUCUGGCGUGGAACUACCAGAACUCGGCGGCAGGUAAAUCUCAGAACGGGACGGAAGGGCCGGACCUGGCGACGAUGACCAACCUGUGGCAGCAGUACCAGAACGCGCUGGCCAUGACGGGCAAGUCCACCUUCAGCCAGGCGCCGAUCAGCGAGCGGCAAUCGUCCCCGAUCGAGCAGCAGGACGAAACGAACUCGUCGGAGCAGAAGGACGAGGACGACCUGUCGGAGGACGACUCGGAGGACCGGCUCGAGGCGACGGUCAACGAUCCGGAGCGGCUGAAGGCGUUCAACAUGUUCGUGCGCCUGUUCGUCGACGAGAACCUGGACCGUAUCAUACCGAUCUCGAAGCAGCCGAAAGAGAAGAUCCAGGCCAUUAUCGACUCGUGCACCCGGCAGUUCCCGGAGUUCGCCGAGCGGGCCCGUAAGCGCAUCCGAACGUAUCUCAAGUCCUGCCGGCGCAACAAGAAAACGCGCGAGGGCUGGGAGAACACGUCCCGCCCCACGCCGGCUCAUUUGACGUCGGUGCAGGCGGAACAGAUACUGGCCGUGGCGUGCGAAAACGAGAGCCUAAACGCAAAGCGCAUGCGAAUAGGCCUGGAGCCGAUCAGCCAAACGGUCAGUCAACCUGCGGCGGUAAGUUUUAUGUCGUCGGAAUCUCCGACAGCGGUACCGAGUAUGUACCAAACGAUCACCCGCGAGCAAGAGUCCACGUCCGUGUCCACGAUCAAGAGCGAACCGAUGACGAGCGUCCCCAAGAUCUCGCCCGUACCCAGCACACCGACACCGGACAUGACCCAGAUGAAGCUAAACAUACCCAGUGCCAGUGCCAGCUCGACUCCUACGAUCCCCACGACGGUGCCGACCAUUUCGAACUUCCACGACUACAACACCGGCUUCUCGAACCGCUCGCAGCACUACCAGAACUUCAUGAACUCGGUCAACAGCAGUAGCACCAGCAGUGGAGCCACCACCAACACGACCAUGUCCGCUUCGGGUACCGGUAAGUUCCGAAGGAAGGACCUUUCACGGUCCGCUCCAACUGAUCUCUCGAUGAAGCGACCCAUUCUGGCGCACAAGCUGAACAGCGCGGAAAUCACGGCCGUCAAGCAGCUCGUUACGGGCUACCGAGAGUCGGCCGCCUUUCUGAUGCGCAGCGCCGACGAGCUGGAGAACUUGCUGCUCCAGCAACAGUAAGCUCGGCCGGCUGAACGAAACGGCGAAGCUCUUUUGUGGCAGAUACGACACAAAUACGAUUAUUACCUGCGACCCUGUCCGGAUGUUCAUGGGUUUAAGGGGGGUUUUUUAGAGCAAAACAAAGCGAAGGAUGUAAAAAUUGCCCCCUUUCAGCACGACUAAGAGCAUUCAAGCACAGAUUUUUAGGCGCAGUACAGGCGUUACCUUUUGAUCACAGCUUAGAACAGAUGGGCCAAAGCUAGGGUGGAGGACAAUUUAAAAGAAAAACGGAGCAGACAAACACACAUACACACAGGGUGAUAUAGUAGGGCUGCAAAACCGGGCACCGGCCAGGCAGGCAGGCGUCCCACAGUUCAGGAGGGAUUAGUCAUCUAAAAUCAAACAAACGAUCGGACCCAACACGAUCGAUUAGGAUUAGUGAGAUUAAAUGACGCCGACACGGGUGGACGGUGUAUAGGUGUACGUAUCGCAUGCUGAAACACGCUACUAUUCCGGUUCCGUUCCGGUCCGGAAGUUCGGUUUUAGUUCUUACCUUUACUCUACCGCGCUAAUGUAACACAACCGU